AUGUCUUCCCAAGACGAUUUGGAUCUUCUGGCUGCCCUUUUGACGAAUCUCCGCAACACGAAAGCAACAUUUGGCGAAGACAGCAACCAGUACCAGGAGAUGAAGGCCAUGGUCGAUGAGCACAUCUCGGCGUCGGCAGUGACGUUAGAAUCCAAGGAUUCCAAACCCUCGAAUGCGCCUCCCCAGCAGGAGCAGGCGCAACCGCAGCACUUCUUCAAUCUGGCUUUCCGUCCUCGCAUGGGUUGA